UAAUCACUUGCUUUUUUGCAAUCAAUGUUUUAAAAUAAAAUAAUUCAACUAUGAGCUCUUGCAUGGAAAUUCCCAGUUCGUUGGUCAAGACCAAGGAAACUGCCAGGAUCGUGAUCAUAGGAGCCGGGGCUUCGGGCAUUGCGGCCGCCACGCGACUCCUGGAGCAAGGAUUCAAACAUGUCACGGUGUUCGAGGCGGAGGAUCGCAUCGGAGGUCGCAUUAAUACUAUUCCUUUUGGAGAAAAUGUAAUGGAUUUGGGAGCCCAAUGGUGUCACGGUGAAGGGGGCAAUGUGGUCUAUGAGAAGGUCAAGGACUUGGAUGUCCUUAAGCCAACUGGCGAGUAUCAAAUGCACUUUUUGCGCUCCAACAAGGACAUUCUCUCCGAAGGCCAGAGCAGGGCAAUCGCUGAAUUUUUAGCGACCUUUAAAGUGGAUGAGAAUUACGAGGGCUCUGUGGGGGAUUUCGUUACCCAACUUUAUUGGAAGGACGCGGUCAAGGAUACAGACAAUAAGACCGUGGCCAAGGAAGCCCUCGAUUGCAUGAAGAAAGUCAUUUGCACCUCGGAUGCCUGCGAUCACCUGUUCGAGCUGUCGACGAGGAACCACCUGAACUUCAAGGAAUGCGACGGCGAUCAGAAUCUCAGCUGGAAGGACAAAGGGUUUUGGGUAUUCUUGAGCCUUCUGCUGGGCGCGGACAAGGAUAAGCCCGGUGACCAGGGUUCCCUGAAGGGUCAUGUCCGGCUCAACAGGCGAAUCGCUGAGAUUAAUUGGUCGGGAUCAGGGGAACUACUACUUCGCUGCUGGAAUGGGGAAAUUGUCAGGGCGGAUCAUGUGAUAUGCACAGUGUCCCUGGGAGUCCUUAAGGAGAAGCACCCCAAGCUAUUCGUUCCACCACUUCCAUCCCCGAAGCUGAAAGCCAUCGAUGGACUCAAUCUGGGGACUGUGAAUAAGCUGAUUUUGGAAUUCGAGGAGCAACCCCUGCCGGAGCCAAUGCUAGACGUCAUGUUCCUUUGGGUGGAAGCUGAUCUUCGAGAGCUCCAAGCCGGAGAAUUCUUCUGGCUAGAGAGCUUGUGCGGCUUCCAUCGUGUGGAUGGUCAACCCAGGAUUCUAGAGGGUUGGAUCAUAGGCGCCCACGCCCGCUACAUGGAGACCCUAACCGAGGAGAAGGUCCUUGAAGGUAUUCAGUGGCUUUUCCGGAAGUUCUGCACAUUCGAUGUCCCGCAUCCCAAGCGCUUCCUGCGCACCCAGUGGCAUUCAAAUCCGAACUUCCGCGGCAGUUACAGCUACUAUCCAACUUAUUCCGAUGAAAUUCGUGCUGCUCGUUCGGAUUUGGAGUCCCCACUGUCGAAUAUGGCCGGAAACCCUAGGCUUCAGUUUGCCGGAGAGGCCUCUAGCCGUGAUCAUUUCUCCACCGUACACGGAGCCACGGAAUCCGGAUGGCGGGAAGCCGAUCGUUUGAUUGAAUUUUACAAGGGACGGGAUGAGAUCUGAGUCUCUAACAGAUAAUUAUGACUCCAGAUGACUUCAAAAUUUAUUAAAAUUUUUAUUUGAUUUGUUAAACAUUUUUUUAAUUGGCAAAAAGUAGCUGUGAUUUCAAAAUUUAAAAGUAAUUAAAACAAUUAUUAUAGAGUGCAAAGUCCUGAAUAAAAUAAUGAGAAAAA